GACUAGCUGUGUUUCCCAGCUGCCUCAAGGGAAAGUUGUUGGAUGGGCGUAUAAAAGCUUAUUGAAGGAACCUGUGUGGCGUGUGCCUGCCUUUAGUAGACAGAGAGGUUGGAUUAAGUAGCUAGAAGCGCCUGCCCGUGGAAAGAGGCGUCGCCCCGACGUGGUCCUACCCUGAAGACGUUUGCGCCAUGAAGGGGGCUCUGCUGUGUGUUUUGGUCCUGUUGAUGGCUAUCGGUGGAGGCGCCUCCAGGCAGACGGAGGGGGAGAAAUUGUGCCGCAACUGGCUGUACGGGUCGGAGCCGCCGUCGGUGGGGGCCUUUCAAUGCGUGGAGGAGCGCGACGGGGUGGCCUGCUGUUGCUCCUCGGGAGAGGCCCCUAUAGGCGAGCAGCGGCGCCCCACGGGCAGAAGGCUACAGGCGAUUCUUAAGGGCGAUGGAGAGUUCAAGCAAUCUUCGUCUUCUGCACCAGAUCUGUGGAACUCGUUUUGGGUGUUCAGUGCAGCCAUUCUUGGUUUUAUGGCUUGCCACUGGAUGUAUUAUUGUUAUACCCAGUAUCGGUCUGGGGAGACGCCAGACAGUGAUGAACAGCAGAUUUAUCUGGAGGAUUAUUUCCCCACAAGGCGCUCUGUCGUUGACUUCUUCCACCGCUGUGGUGCCUGCUUGAGAAGAGCUCUACCAUCAUCUAGCCCUGAAGGCUCUCAGGAUACCUGUGACAUUUCUCCUGCACAGCGCAGUGAACCUGCAGUGCACUUCCAUCAUGGGAGUUCUGGGGACGAGGCAAUAGUCUUGCCUCCAGCAUCUUCUCCAGUUGGGACGACAACUGGUCACAUCUCACAGCCAAGCUUGGAAAAUAGAUCUUGAUCCACCCAGUGAUGCAACAAGACAUUAUCCUCUAAACCAGCCUUUCCCAACCAGUGUGUCUCCAGAUGUUGUUGGACCACAACUCCCAUCAGCCUCAGCCAGCAUUGCCAAUGGUCAGGAAGAUGGGAGUUGUGGUCCAACAACAUCUGGAGGCACACUGGUUGGGAAAGGCUGCUCUAAACAGUUAAGCACGGUGGCCAAACCACCACUCCAUGUUAGUUGCAGCAUACUUUUAGGGUCAAGGAAAUGAACUAACCAUGUAUAAUAAUGAUUUUAAUAUCGAAGGUAGCCAAUCUGGUGCCCUCCAAAUGUUGGGACUAUGUCCCAUCACCCUUGAUGCCAUUGGCCAUGCUGACUGGGAUUGAUGGCAGUUCAGCAACAUUUGGAGGACACCACAUUGUCCACACCUGAUUUAUAUUAAGGAGACUGAAUGUUCUUUUAAAUGUAGUGCUUCCUUGGUGCAUGUUGUCUACCUUUUAAAAACUACACAGUGGCAUGUUUUAAUUGGGUAUUUGGCAGACUCCCUACCCCUCAUUCAUGCGGUAGGAUGCUCUUUGGAGAUAAAAUGUUUCCCAAUGGACCAUUAUAUUUAAGAGGAGAAUGGCUUUAACCAAGGGGCAGUAUAUUUUUUAACUCUUUUCACUCUGGCAACAUUGAAGGCUGAAGCCAAGUUGCUUGCACUUGAUCAUCCUAUGCAUUUUUCAACACACUCCAAGACUAGAGGGCAUAGUUAAACAUUUGGUCUUCAGCUGCGAAUGUAUGAUUAAUAAAACUUGCCUUCCCUCUGACGGCUCCAUCUCUAAAGAAAAUUGGUUAAUAUGGAAUGACUUAUGUUGCAUCUAAAAUGUUGCGGGGGGGGGAGACCAAAAGAUGUUGCAUACCCACCAAAUCCAAUGGGCAAAACUAGUUCUGUGAUGCAAGUUAUAGCUCAGUAGAGAAACCACUGACCAGGUCAUGCUCAAAGGCUGGCCCUGAGAUGAAUGCUGUAAAUAUUUGCCAGUGAAGACAUACCCAAAGUAUUGUUAAGCUGCCACAUGAAAUACACUUGGUACCUUAGUACCUCUGCGCUUAAGGGGAUGGCCUUUGGGUGGCUGAUUUAUGUAUCAUUCUGUUCCUACCAAAAAGUCUGCAACAUGUUGGCACAAGUAUACUUUAACAUGGGGGUUAUUCUGCCACAUGCUAUAUGCAAGGCUUUAGUAAUGUAUAGUAAUUGUGCCAAUAUGCAACAAACCAUUGAUGCAAGUAUAGUAAUCAUGGGGGUUUAUAUGCCAGAUGGUACCCGCAAGACCUUUUUAAAUUUGAGGAUUAUAUGUCCACUUCUGUGCAUUACCCACAGAGAGGCAGACCAUGCAAGCACUGAUGGGUGCCUCCUCCUGAAUCAGUCGUUUCUGGGAUGCAUGAAGCUGUUUUUAUAGAGCAGACACUUGUCAAAUGUAUGUUUCCAAAUGUAUGUACCAAUAAAAAGGUGUGUGAUACUUUGA